CGCCCGCACUCGCGCCCCGCCCCGGCCCAGACCACCUCUGAGCCCGCGGGCGAGAGCCAAGCCCUCUGAGCUGUCGCGGCGUCCGGGCUCUUCACCACCUCCGCCCCUCGAUCUUCGUCGCCGUGGUUCCCGGAGCCGCGCGCGCCCCCGGCCGGGCGAGCCCCGCACGACGAGGGAGCCGCAGGACCCGCCAGGCGCCAUGCGAGCCAGGGCAUCCCUCUGCGCCUGGGUGCAAGGCCGCGUCUUGGAGUUCUUUCUCUGACACCAGGAGGCCAACAUCCCCCAGCAGGAAGAAGCACACUGCCAAGUUGACUCUGCCGUGCAGCGCGGCUGCCCUAUGAGACUGCAGCUGCUGUCCCUGCUGGAACUGGGGGAGAAGACAUGAGUCCAUAGCGCCUCACCCGCCCAAGACUUUCAGCAUGGCGGCCCAGCGCAUCCGGGCAGCCAACUCCAGUGGCCUCCCUCGCUGCAAGUCAGAGGGGACUCUGAUUGACCUGAGCGAGGGCUUCUCAGAGACAAGCUUUAAUGAUGUCAAAGUGCCUUCCCCCAGUGCCUUGCUAGUAGACAACCCCACGCCUUUUGGAAAUGCAAAGGAAGUGAUUGCUAUCAAAGACUAUUGCCCAAACAACUUCACCACCCUGAAGUUCUCCAAGGGCGACCACCUCUACGUCUUGGACACGUCUGGCGGGGAGUGGUGGUAUGCCCACAACACCACCGAGAUGGGCUACAUCCCUUCCUCCUACGUGCAGCCGCUGAACUACCGGAAUUCUACCCUGAGUGACAGUGGCAUGAUUGACAAUCUCCCAGAUAGCCCUGAAGAAGUGGCCAAGGAGCUAGAUCUGCUAGGGGGCUGGACAGACGACCAGAAAGAAUCUGGCAGACCCUACAGUAACAACCCGUUCUGGAAUGGAGUCCGAACGAACCCAUUUCUGAAUGGGAAUGCACAACCCAGCAUGGAUGAGCUAAACCCCAAGAGCACUGUGGACUUGCUCCUCUUUGACACGGGCACAUCUUCCUUCACCGAAUCCAGCUCAGCAACCACCAACAGCACCGGCAACAUCUUUGACGAGCUCCCGGCCACCAAUGGACUCCACGUGGAACAGCCGGUCAAGCGGGACAAUCCCUUCUUCAGAAGCAAGCGUUCCUACAGCCUUUCGGAACUCUCAGUCCUGCAAGCCAAAUCGGAUGCUCCCACAACGUCUGGUUUCUUCACGGGCUUGAAGUCACCCGCCCCAGAACAAUUCCAAAGCCGAGAAGAUUUCCGAACUGCCUGGCUGAAUCACCGGAAGCUGGCCCGAUCUUGCCAUGACUUAGACCUCCUUGGCCAAAGCCCAGGUUGGGGCCAGACCCAAGCUGUGGAAACAAAUAUUGUGUGCAAGCUGGAUAGUUCUGGGGGUUCUGUUCAGCUUCCCGACACCAACAUCAGCAUCCAUGUGCCCGAGGGUCAUGUAGCUCCUGGGGAGACGCAGCAGAUCUCCAUGAAAGCCCUUCUGGAUCCUCCACUGGAGCUCAACAGUGACAGAUCCAGCAGCAUCAGCCCCGUGGUGGAGGUGAAGCUGAGCAACCUGGAGGUGAGCACCUUCAUCAUCUUGGAGAUGAAAGUCUCUGCCGAGGUGAAGGGUGACAUCUUCAGCAAAAGUACAGUGGUCCUGCAGUGUCUGAGAAGUGACUCAAAGGAGGGGCCUUACAUGCCCAUCCCCCUCAGCUACAGCUAUGGGGACACGGUCCAGGUACAGCUGGACAACCUGGAACCCUGCAUGUACCUCGCUAUUGUUGCCCAGGGCCCCAACAUCCUCUACCCUUCCACCGUGUGGGAUUUCAUCAAUAAGAGAGUCACUGUGGGUCUUUAUGGUCCCAAGCACAUCCAUCCAUCCUUCAAGACAGUGGUGACCAUUUUUGGACAUGAUUGUGCCCCUAAGACCCUCCUGGUCAGUGAGGUUACUCGGCAGGCUCCCGGCCCGGCACCCGUAGCCCUGCAGCUGUGGGGCAAGCACCAGUUCAUCUUGUCCAGGCCCCAGGAUCUCAGAGUGUAUAUGUUCUCCAACAUGACCAACUACGAGGUCAAGGCCAACGAGCAAGCCAAAGUGGUGAGAGGGUUCCAGAUGAAACUGGGCAAGGUCAGCCGUCUGAUCUACUCCGUCAUCUCCCAGAACCCCAACGAGCUGUCCGACUUCACGCUGAGGGUACAGGUGAAGGACGAUCAGGACACCAUCCUCACCCAGUUCUGUGUCCAGACUCCCCAGCCACCCCCCAAAAGCGCCGUUAAACCAUCCGGGCAGAGGAGGUUCCUCAAGAAGAAUGAAGUCGGGAAGAUCAUCCUGUCCCCGUUCGUUGUCACCACCAAGUACCCGACGUUUCAGGACCGCCCCGUGUCCAGUCUCAAGUUCGGCAAGCUCCUGAAGACCGUGGUGCGGCAGAACAAGAGCCACUACCUUCUGGAGUACAAGAAGGGCGAUACGGUGGCCCUGCUCAGUGAGGAGCGCAUCCGCCUCAAGGGACAGCUGUGGACCAAGGAGUGGUACAUCGGCUACUAUCAGGGCAAGGUGGGCUUGGUGCACACUAAGAACGUGCUGGUGGUCGGCAAGGCCCGGCCCAGCCUCUUCUCAGGGCCCGAGCUGAGCACGUCGCUGCUGUUGGAGCAGAUCCUCCGGCCCUGCAAGUUCCUCACCUACAUCUACGCUUCCGUGCGGACCCUGCUCAUGGAGAACAUCAGCAGCUGGCGGGCCUUCGCGGACGCCCUGGGCUACAGGAACCUGCCGCUCACCUUCUUCUGCCGGGCAGAGCUGGACAGCGAGGCGGAGCGGGUGGCAUCUGUUCUGGAAAAGCUGAAGGAAGACUGUAACAACCCUGACAACAAGGACCGGAAGUCCUUCCAGAAGGAGCUAGUGAUGGCUUUGCUGAAAAUGGACUGUCAGGGCCUGGUGGUCAGACUCAUCCAGGACUUUGUGCUCCUGACCACAGCUGUUGAGGUGGCCCAGCGCUGGAGGGAACUGGCAGAGAAGCUGGCCAAGGUCUCCAAGCAACAGAUGGACGCUUACGAGUCUCCCCACCGAGACAGGAACGGGGUGGUGGACAGUGAGGCCAUGUGGAAACCCGCCUACGACUUCUUACUCACCUGGAGCCACCAGAUUGGGGACAGCUACCGAGAUGUCAUCCAGGAACUGCACAUAGGCCUGGACAAGAUGAAGAACCCCAUCACCAGGCGCUGGAAGCACCUCACGGGGACCCUGAUCCUGGUGAACUCGCUGGACAUCCUAAGGGCUGCAGCCUUCAGCCCUGCGGACCAUGAUGACUUUGUGAUCUGAGUUGGGGAGGGGGGCCUGGCCUACUGCUCAGCAGAGCUGGAACCCUCCACCCAUCAUCUGCCCACAGCCGGGGCCGAACCAUCACCAGGUGGUGCAGGGGGCCAUGGCUGCUCAGGUAGAGGCCCAUCUGCCAGCCACGCCCAGGAGGGACUCAGGCCCUUGGACUCUCUACCCCACCCCUCUAUCCAGGGGCAGGUCCCAGGGGUUUUCUACUUCUGGUUGUUGCCAAUCGUGUUGCUUUCUAUUUGUCGAAAUGUAUGUUGAAAUUUAAAAAUCACUUUUUUUUUAAACAAAAGACGAGAGAGGAUGUGAGAAAGGUGGUAUCUAAUUUUUUAAUGGACUGUAAAAGUUAUUUAAAAAAAAACCAUCACCUUAGUAAAGGCGAACGCUGUGGAGAUUUUUAUGUCCUUCAAAGGCCUUUUUAAAUUAUGUUCCAGGUGUAUGUAGAUAUUUAAAGGCCAUGGGUGUCUCGGUCGCAGGCACACUUGGCGUUUGGACGCUCAAGAGUGGAAAGGAGUUUGCUCCUUGUGGACAUCUUCCACUCAUCGCCUGUGAGAAAGCAAGUCUGUGGGCCUGGUGACUUAGUAAACAGGCCCCGAGGAUGCCUGCAGUCCUACCGUUCCUUUCUUCUUCUCAGUGGCCAUCCACAGGACGUGUUGGUCUCUGUGCUUUGGUGAGCAACAAAGCCCUCAUGUGGCAGCUCGGUGCCAUUGAGAUUCUGCCAACAAAUGAGAAAUCAGCUGGAGAUGGGGGUCCCUGUCACCCCUGUGUGUAUGCAGCUACCACUCAGAAGAACAAUGCCCCCUUGAGAGCAAGGUAGUCCCUGGCACUCUGGGCACUGAAUGCUGUCUCCCUCAGGUUGGCUCUGCCUCUGUUAUAGGUGAGAGAAAAACCCUAGCACCCAGCCAGAACCUGGUGGCCCAUGACUCUUCCUGUGCCCAUCACGGUCCCCUCUCAGGCGAUGUCACAUGCUGGUGUGCAGAGGUGCCAUCUGCCGUUGCCAAACGCCACACCUCAUCUCUCACAUUGGACAUUCUCCUUCCUGGUGCACCCGUAUCUCCUUGGUAAUAACAGUACAGGGGGAAUAACCGGUUAUCCAACAGUGUAACACUUAGCACAGGGAACAUUUUCCUUAAGCAAUGUUCUAGAAAAAGUUGGAGGCUUGUGGAGGAUUGUAUUCAACUUCAGGGUGGGGGGGGUCACACAGUAGCUAUGGCUUUGGGGGAGGAAACAGGAAGUGGAACUCAUACCAGAAAGAUCAGCAGUUGACUCUGUCAAUGGGCAGGACUCGGGCUGUCUCCGGGGGCAGCUGCAGACCCUGGGGGCUGCCCUCUGUCUGCUUUCCUGGAACAAGUUAAUGACUUCUUUGGGUCAGUGUGCAGUCCCGUGUUGAGCUGACAUGCCCUCCGCUUCUAACUCAGACCCUUCAGACCAACAGACUUAGAAGGAAGCAGUAGGUAUGAAUGUUGCAAGUACCAAGUCACACGAACUCCCCCGUCACCACCAACAUGCCCAUCAUUCUGCGCCUCUGUUUUACCCAGAGGACAUCUCUUUACCUUUUCCCCCAAAGAAGAAACAAAACCAGUUGCACCUUAAACCGUGGCUAUUUUUCCUCAGGGGCUUUGAAUAGUUUCCUAUGCAACAAGUCUUGUAGCACACAAAUUCUACAAAAGUUGCAGUAAAUUUUAUUUGGAUAUUUUAA